AUGGGUGCUCAAAGUUCGAAACAAAUCCAAAGAAAAUUUCCACAACAAGUUACUUCGGAAGUUAAAUCUAGUGCGGCUGAAACGCAUGCUAAAAUUCAAAACCAAGAUACAUUAGACGAUGUUACAAUUUCUUCUCAAAAAAUUAUAGCAAGUGCAACCCCCAUUGAAGAAGAUGGUAAAGACCCACAACUAUUAAACAAUUUACAGGAAAUCGGUCAAGUAAUUUUACCAAAAGUUUCAAUACCAUAUAAACAGUCUGAUGAAAUGUUGGAAAUUAUUAAACAUAGACAAAUAGAACUUAAAGAGAACAAAAAUAUAUUGCAGAAAAAUAGAAUUUCU